AUGCAUGCGAAGUACGUGAUUCAGAAUAAUGAUGAGGCUGAGAUUCGACCAAACAAGACCUUCCUAUCUUUGGCCAAUGAAGCUGGGGGCCCGUCGAAUCUGGGAUUCUCAGAAAAGGAUUUAAGAAACUAUAUUACAGUAAGACUCCGAACAAGCAACGCAAAUGCGGAUGUUAGGGAGAUGAUGAACUAUUUUAUGAGAAUGAAAGACAUCAAUCCAAACUUCUUCUAUGCAGUGCAAUUGGACGAUGAGUGUAGAUUUAGGAGUGCAGUUUGGGUUGAUGCAAGGUGCAGGGCUUCCUAUGAAUACUACGGAGACGUUGUGUCACUCGAUAGCACUUACAGUACAAACAGACAUGGGUUACCGUUUGCGUCGUUUGUCGGUGUCAACCACCAUGAUAAGUCAAUCCUCCUUGGAUGUGCGCUGUUGGAAAACGAGGAAAUUCCGAGUUAUGAGUGGGUUUUUACCCAAUGGUUGACGUGCAUGGGAACAGCUCCACAGUGCAUCAUUACUGAUCAAUGCAGAUCCAUAUUUGGUGCGAUUAGAAAGGCGUUACCCAAUACACGUCACCGUUGGUGCAUAUGGCACAUCAUGAAGAAGUUUCCUCAGAAGCUUGGAGGUUAUCGUCGGUACGGAGAGUUGUAUGCCGACCUCAGGAACAUUGUUUUUAACUCUCGGACGGAGGAGUCAUUUGAGAGAAAAUGGUUUGAAUUUAUGGAGGAGUACAAUUUACAUGACAACACAUGGCUGUCAGAUCUUUAUGAUGAUCGACGCAUGUGGGUGCCUAUAUUCUUCAAGGGUGAAUUUUGGGCUGCCAUGAGGAGUACACAAAGGAGUGAGAGCAUGCACGCAUUCUAUGGUGGAAUCUUACACAGCAAGACUAGCUUAGUCCAAUUUGUUCACGAAUACGAUAAUGUGCUUGGAUCCAAGGAGCAGAGGGAAUUGGAGGAUGAUGUAGUAGACUCCAGGGGGGUAAUACCUUGUGCAACGAGCUCGCCUAUGGAGAAACAAUUUCAGCAGGAGUACACUACUAGCAUGUUUAGGGAUGUUCAAGUUGAGUUUGUGAAAAAGGCUGAUUGCAGAGCAUCUGUAGUUACUGAAGACUGGCCAUUGGUAUGCAUGAAGGUGGAAGAGGAAAAAUUAGUACAUGAUACUAUGAUCUGUGAUUCGUAUGUUGUCCACUUUGACCGCUCCACACAAGAGGUUCGUUGUGAGUUCAAUCUUUUUGAGAGUUCAGGUGUGUUGUGCUGUCACUGUCUUGAAGUUUUUCACUCGUUUAAAGUGUAUAAAGUACCUAGCUGCUAUGUUCUCCCACGUUGGAGCAAGAAUAUAAAGCGCAAGCAUACUUAUAUCAAGAGCAGUCACGACGUCAGUCGGUCAGAUGUAAGUCAUGAUGCAUUCAAGGGACUAUGUGCACACUUUUACAACAUUGCGCAAGAGUUCGUAAAUGAUGACGAUGAAACAGCAUUGCUGCAUGCUGCUUUAGAAGAAAUAAGGGCCAAGCUGAGCAAGCACCGUGCUAAGAAAAGGUCUGAGAGCGUGGCGGAGAACCACACCAGCAUUGGCUCACAACAUUCGAAUGUUCUCGGUGUUGUUGACAUCCAAGCACCACCAUUGGUCACUACAAAGGGCUGGCCAAAGAGUAAGAGGCUCGGAUCAACCCUUGAGAAGUCCUUAAACAAAUCUAGUCGGAGGAAAAACAAGAAUGCUUCCCGGGUGGUUCGGUCAAAUACUUAUCAGGAUACAAACACUGGUGAUCCUAUUGCCCGGACUGUGAAUUUUGGUUUUUAUCUUAGUGUUAUUCGUAAUCCAGAUGUUCGAACAUCUAAGACAGCGGAUGGUUACUUCUUAUAUGCAGAUGGAACGCGAAUGUUCAACCUUACUGUUAACUGA